CUCUCCUGUAGUAAAACUAUUGGAUUAACCAACCGAAUGAUAUUCUAAGAUGGGUCGGCAACCGAGACAACGUCCUAUUUCAUGCCACCUGUGUAGGGUACGGAAGUUGCGCUGCAGUCGCCAGUUCCCAUGCUCCAACUGCACGUCUCGCGGCGUCGUUUGCCAGCAUGAAGGCGUUGCGGUUGCGGCACCUGCGGCUGGAAGCCGGCCGCCGGUAGAGUCUCCUGCUGUCAAGGACAUGUCCACGAUGGACCUCUUGGCCCGGCUGGAACGCCUCGAGAGCAUCGUCGCGGCGCAGGGGAGGGAAAGGACUGAGCCUCCCCCGAGCCAGAGAGAAACGCCCAAGAAUGAGUCUGAGAGGUCGGCGCAUCCAAGCCCUGCCACCGUCUCACGCCCUGUGCCUCCCAGACUCCAGCGUUUGACAGCAGAUGCACUGCAGCUUGAGCGAUCCUGUUCAGAUCAAGUAUUGACGGACUCAUUAAUAUCUGAUCCCAUCAUUUUCCGCACCUGUCCCAUUCGGCUGGCCCCUGGCCAACCGCCCUAUACUUUCCAGAAUCCCUCUUUUCAAAAUAAUCAUGCUCCCUCUAUGGUAGGACCAAUGGACGUCGUGAAGUGCAUCUGGCUGCCGCAGCGAGAUGAGAUGCGCGUUAUACUCCAGAAGUAUAUAGUUGAUAUUUCCUUGUUUUACCACAUUGUCCAUGUCCCCUCACUCCAGAGCCUCGUUGAAGAUAUCUACGCUGGCCUGGAAGCAAACGUCCGCGUUGAUGUUGGCGGCGUGCUGUUACUUCUGAGUAUAUGUGCGAGCACAACGUAUGCGUGGUCGCCUCCCGACGAUAUCAGAUGUUUAUUCGCAAAUUCAGCCGAGGCGAACGGUCAGUCGACAUUUUGGAUCAAGCAAGCUCUGGAUGUCAUCGGCCAUUCUCAAAAAACAGCCCACGCAUCGCUAGAGUGCAUCCAGGGGCUCAUCAUCCUCUUUUUUGUCUUUUGUAAUCACGAGAGCGUCUCAUUUCGUGCCCGUAAUGUCUUUAUGUACGCCAUUUCAAUGGCCACAGAGCUAUUGUUACAUCGUAUCGAUGACCCUACCGCCAGCUCAAUGCCGACGCUUGUUCGAAUGAGUGAGGCAAAAAAGGAAAUCGGUAGAAGGGUCUGGUGGUUUAUGGUUGCAACUGACUGGACGCUUGCUCAAUUCAGUUGUCCACAAGAAGGGGUUUAUCUUAUCCACAAACACCAGAUGGCAGUAAACAAGCCACGGAACACAAACGACGAAGACGUAAUUGAAGGAGUAGAUAUCAUCGACAGACCAGAAACUGAGGCGACUUGUAUGUCGUAUUUCGUCCAGCGCAUCCGCUUAGCAGAAGUUUGUCGGGCUUUGCUAGACCGCACGCCUCUGGGUACACAGGCUUCCGAGUCUAUAGCAUACCAGGACAUACUAGAUGUCGACGCAAAGCUUAACAAGUUCAUCCAGAAUGCACCGAGCUUCUUUUCGGUCAACUACCCUGGCUUGGAUGAACUUCCUGCCACAGAUAUUCGACGCUCACUAUUUAUUACUGCACAGCGCUAUAUGUUGAAUCUACUAGUUCACCGCCAGCUGUGUAAGAUUCAUCUCCCAUAUUUAGCUCAGGGGACCAUCGAUCCGGCGUACGCAUAUUCACGCGAUGCCUGCCUGAGGUCAGCCAGAAUAGUUUUUGAGCUCGAUCAUCAGCUACAAAACGAAAAUUUGCCGUUCUUUAGAUCUCGUCUGAGAUUAUCGAUGGUGCUGCGGAGUGUAUUCCUGGCUAGCAUUGCACUCGUGCUGAAUGCUUGUCUCACAGGUGAUGCAGAGGACACUACAGAAGGAGAGGAUGAGGUGGCCGGGGCAUGGAAAAUUCUGCACGAAGUCCAAGACCAGUUCCCUCCAGCAGCGAAAUUAUUAGAGCUAUCUAUUAAGAUUCUUCGGAAGUACAAGAUCAAGCACCGCGCUCUGGAUCUUUUGCAACAACAAGUCUCGGGGAUAGCUCCCUACAACAAUUCAUUUCCAAUGACACCAGAAUCGGCGAACCAAGAGAUCCGUAUGAGUUCGGUGCAACAAAAUAUCGGCACAGAAACGGAGAAUGUACUGCUUGAGCAGCAUUGGCAGAUGCUGGAAGGAAAGAUGGACUUGAAUACAAUAGAUUGGGAUAAGUUGUUCUGGGGUAUCGACGCACCAUUUAUUUAAUACCAUAUCGUA